AUGGUCUCUGCCGCUCACAUUGCCGCCCUCCUGGCGGUGGCUUCGGGCGUUGCUGCUCAGGGAGGAUUGGAACAAUGCGCAAGCUUGACCACUCUCUUCCCGGCUUGCGCUACGGGCUGUAUCCUGUCCGCAGCUUCCGCUGUCGGCUGCACCAAUGGCCUUGACCUCCGCUGCCGCUGCGACCCCACAAGCUCAGCUCAGAUUCAAGCAUCGGCCUUCAACUGUGUCAUUGGCAACUGCAACGCGGAUCCCACGCAGAUCGAGUCAGCCAUCAACGCCGGCGCUUCCGUCUGCGGCUGCGUCAAUGCCGCUCCUACAGCUGUCCCUUCGGAGCCGCCCAUCACCAGCGCUCCGGCUCCCAGCAGCCCUCCCGUCCCCAGUGAGCCCGAGCCAAGCGAGCCCCCGUCGAGUGGCCCACCGCCAAGCGCCCCUUCGAGCGAGGCCGUGUCCGAAGAGCCCUCUGUGCCCCCCGUCAUCCCCAGCUCCACAGAGCCUGCAUCUUCGGGCCCCAUCACCCCUGCCCCUAGCUCACCCGGCGGCGGCGACUGCGAUGCCACCUCUCCCUGUGAGGAUGUCGCCCAGGCCGUUCCCAACUGUGGCCGCUCCUGCAUCAUCUCCGCGGCCUCUGCCUCACUCGGCUGCGCCGCUGAGGACUACGAGUGCCAGUGUGCCGGCUUCCAGACCAUUCAAGCCGGCGCCGCGCCUUGCGUCAUCAGCGCAUGCGGCAUUGCCGGCGCCGUGCCCCUCCUCGGCUCCGUCUCCGCCCUCUGCGGCUGUGUCACCGCCAACCCCAGCACCCCUUGCACUGCCUCGUCCGAACCCAGCAUUACCGUUGAGCCGUCGGCUCCCGCGUCAUCUGGUGGCGGCGGCGAGCCUCCCGUUGAGCCGUCGUCCGAGGCUCCCGGCCCUGGCGAGAGCAGUGAGGUGCCUGGCCCCAGUGUCAUUCCGCCGCCCACAAGCUGUGCGCCACCAACGGCCCCCGACUGCGGUCCUGUUGCCACGUCGGCCGUCCCAGCCUGUGCCCAGCCUUGCUUCCUCAAUGCCGCUCCCAAUGUCGGCUGCGAUGCGACCGAUUACGCUUGCCAGUGUGAGGCUGAAGCUCAGGCCAGCCUUACACAGCUGCUCGUUCCCUGCGUCGCCACAGCUUGUCCUCCCGCCUCCCUCCAGGCCGUCAUCACGGGUGCCUCGUCCGUUUGUGCUUGUGCUGCGGCCAUUCCCACCGGCACGGGCGAGGACGACUGCCCCGGCGGAUCCGGCAUUCCCCAGCCCUCUGGAAAGCCCACGACCACCAAGGACGACUACCCUGCUCCGGGGGAACCCACUCCUUACCCCCCGCCGCCGCAUGCCUCUGAGACCCCAUGCCCCGAGCCUGAAGAGCCCGGCCAUCCCGGAUACCCAGCGCCGGAGCCCGAGCACCCAGCGCCGGAGCCCGAGCACCCUGCUCCGGAGCCUGAGCAUCCUGCCCCCGAGCCCGAGCACCCCCGCUCCUGA